AUGGCAGGCAACCUGGGUGGCGAGGUCGAGUUGGAACCGGUGCUCGAGAGGGUGGCACCACCGACUCCUCCCUGGCGAAAGCCGAAACCCACGUCUGCCACGGGAGAGGCUGACCGAGGUCCACCGAGCACCUCGGGGGUUCAGGCGCUUUUAGAGUUGCUGCGCGCAGGUGCCCAGGAUUUCUUGGACGACGACGAAGCGGAUGAAGCCUUCGGCAUUGAAAAGCCACAAGAAGCACCUGAGGAGGUGGAUGACUUGAGCUUGAGCGGUCCACUCCGCAAGCGGCGACGCUCAGAGGCCGAGUCUGCAGGCGCUGCUCCGCACGCAGUUCCCGCGGAAGAUGAAGCUUUUGACUUCGAAUUUGAAGCUGAUCUUCAGAAGGUUUCCGAGUCCAAAGUGCCAAGGAACAGUACAGGUGGGAUGCUGAGCGAAGAUGGGCUGAGUUCGACGCAAAUCGUUGUGCCGGAGGCACCAAAGGAAACAGCCCUUCAACCCGCGUAUGUCGCGGUCGAAGCCCUUCCGACCACGACAUCAAAGUAUGUCUACAAUGGCCGGAUGAAACGCUGGGAGAUGCGAACCUUGAAAGCCAGCUACGUUCGACCUCCCCAGGAAAAGCGGCCAGGUGGACCACCGCCCAAGCAAAAGGUGAAGUUGUGCCGAUUCUUUGCCAUCUAUGGAAACUGCAAAUUUGCAGACCGUUGCUAUUACGCGCACAGCGAGGCUGAGUUGGAUUUGGGGGACGACGUGGAGGCGCAACAACGGAUCAUCUCGGAAUGUGCCUACAAAGCCUGGGAAGAUUCAGAGGCACCAGGUGGUUGCAGCUAUGCCCAAGCUCUGGCUGUUCGCCUUGCCAUCCGUUUCGAGGCGCAGCCACAAAACCUACUGCCCACCAUGGAGAAGACCGGUUUGCCAAUGCAAGGGGGCUCCCGUGCCACUGUGAAGAUGCUUCUGAGGUUGUGCCACCCAGACAAGUGCAGCCAUCCAGAGGCCAAACGUGCGGUGCAAAUCCUGGGACCGGUCCUAGCCAGCUGCACCUCGUGAAGGUGCGGCAAUGGUCACAUCGAGAGCAUCAUCAAUAUGGUGCUGGCCACACUGCAGAUGAAAGAGCCCGAACUUAUGGGUCGAAGCGCUGCAUAUUUGGAGUCGGUCGAAGCAUGGGUCAACUUGGGGAGAACUGACGGGUGGUAGGCUGAUGGGCUUUGGCCAGAAAUGAGAUCAGCAUACUGGUACAUCUUGGGACCCUGCUAAAAAUGAAGCACAUUGAAGCACUAAAUAACAUGUUUUUGUUGGCAAAAUUAUCUCAUGCCUCGUGUUUUAGGGGAGGAUCAAUGCCAACUUCCUGUGUAGGUUCAGGGAACGGAUGGAGAUAUCACAGUUGUUUUGUGGUGCUACCAAUGACCCAAGAGCUUGUUAUGUUUUGUUGCACAGUGACAGUGAUGCUCAAAACCUAUUUUGAGACAAGUGACGUUUGAGAUUUGUGUUUGUUAUUUUGUUUGUGUGUGUGUGGGUUAGGAUUCUUUGGUGCAUCAAUGUGGUGGUGUGUCUACACACAGAGUGCGCAGAACCGAGACUUACUGGAUCGAAAGUCAAGCAAACAUGAUGGCCCCAUGGUUCCAUGAUAAGAGUUCCCCUUGGAAGAUGCAAUAGAGUUUGAAAACGUGUAAAUUGGUUUUUGCUUCACUACGUGGGGCAUGUCUGGCUCACAAGUACUUGUACUUUAUAUUGAAUGUCACGCUUAUGGAUAUUGCGCCUAUUUCGUUGCGUGAAUCGCCGCGGAGCUCGGCCACGACGUGAACUCACAGGUAUAUCGGACCCGUAGAGAUGAGCGAAGACUUGAGGCUUCCCAUGGCUUCCAGGGAUCUCCGGGGCACCCGAAAUCCAAAUCUUCAACGCUUUGCUCCGCGACCUCUGGGGGAUUGUUGCUGGAGGUGACCGGAGGUGACGAACGAGGCCUGGAUCUUGCGGAGAGGUACAAUGAGGAGGAACUCGUCCACAAUUUGACCCCCUGAAGAUGAUAAACACGUAGAGAACCACUUGAAAUUUGAAUAAUUAGUCACAGCAUUUGAACAUCUAAUUAUAGAGUUGGAAUUCCAAUUGGAAUGAUCAGGGCGUGUUGGGCAGCCUCCCUAUCAAUCGGGGAUUCAUCAAUCCUGACAGCCUGACACGCAAGCAGAGUGCAUCUCUAUGGGUGGCGCAUGAAUGGCACAUGGCUUCUUGGAGAAGGUGAGGAUGCGGCAAUCUCUGGAUGCUGCGUUCACCAUCAAUUGUUGUCUGUUGCGGAUGUUAAAACGUAGUAAUAAUACAAGAC